AUGGAAGGACGAAAGUGCCCCCAUGCUUUUGCCGGUGGGAAUGAACAAUUUAGAAUGGUUGGAGGUAAGUUAAAGGCUGUUAACGGGUUCUUAACUGUAUGCGGAGACAUCGCAGAAGGAAGAGCUUCACAGCAACCGCAUAGUGGCUGCAGGCCAGGACUUUGGAUCUUUCCCCGAGACAGGUUGAACAUGGGGUGGCUAUUUCAUCUUCUCUUUCUCUGCUCGCUGGGUCUCGCUGGUGCCAGUCAAGAAUCUAUUGAACUCUUGAAUCUCUGUGAGACAACCGAAGAGGUCUUACAAGCUUCAUCUCGCUAGGACUCAGCGGAAAGUUGGCUCAGGUCUCACGUUCUGUACCCUGCGACGAAAAUCACCACCAUUGUUGUGGGCAACUCUGUCCUCUGCCACAGAGACCGAGAACAAAAUGUCGGUUUGACUCUGGUUUCUUUGAAGAAUGUCUAUCACUCCCUGAAGAGGUGGGGCUUGGAGAAAGAAAUCAAAGUUUCUGUUCCUUUAUAUCUAGACUGUUUGCAUCCAAACUCUGCUUCUUACAAAGAUGAUUUGAGAAUGGUCGAGCCUCUGAUAGACUAUCUCCGAAGUGUUAACUCCACCCUCUCUGUUAUUCCACAUUCGGAUUUCUCUCAAUUUUCGGAUAAAAGCCUCAGCUUGGUGUCUUCUCACUUAGAGUCUAUGAAAAAGUUUGGAUUUUUCCAUCUGAUCAACAUCAAUGUUAUCGCCACAGUCCCAAAAGAAAGAAAACCCAUAAUGAGAAAGCUUUCGUUUUUGGGUUCCACCCUCAUGGGUACUUUCCCUGUAAGACCAACCCCAUUACCGGAGAUUGCAGAACCCCCAUUACAUUCCACUUUUGGUCAGCCUGCUCCUUCCCAUGCAGCCACAAAUCCUGCUCCACUAUCUCAAAUAAGUUCUCCUCCGAUGCCUUCUUUUGCUCCAGAACUGCCACCAUUCGCUGUUCCGGCUAGUUCUCCUCAUGGUUUCAGUCUACCUCCUUGUAACCCAAUCGACAAUGGCUCGCCUCAACCAGAUAUAGGGAUGGUUCAGAAGUUGUGGUGUGUGGCAAAGCCUAGUGUUCCAGCCGAAACAUUGCAAGAGGCCAUGGACUAUGCUUGUGGGGCUGGUGGUGCUGAUUGUCAGGAGAUCAAUCCUCAAGGCAAUUGCUAUAACCCUGACACCGUGGUUGCUCAUGCUUCUUAUGCUUUCAAUAGCUAUUGGCAGAAGCACAAGAGAAAUGGCGGGACAUGCGACUUUGGAGGAACCGCCAUGUUGAUAAGUUCUGACCCAAGUUUCCUUCACUGUCGGUUUGUUCUCAGUUAGAAUGAGUGAUAUGUGCGCGUAAAACAAGGCUGGUGACCUUCUUUUGCUUCCAUCAAGAUUCUGAUGCUCAUCUUAGGACGUUGCCGUUGGAUUUAUUUUGCUGUUAGUAAUUGCUUUCAAUAUGAUGAUGAUUGUAACGACCAUGUGUGAAAUAGGACACAGAUCCUCUCAGUAUGAAGUAGGGACGCAGAGAAUUUAUGUUGCUCUAACUUGUUGACCAAGUUUAAGUCUAACUUUAUUAGAUGAAUGCGACGGAGUGCUUGUUUUGCUGUUUAUGAUAUAUUCUUGUUGAUGAUUUAGAUUCUUGAAAAUUGAAAAUGUUGAUGAUCAGACCCGUUGAGAGAC